GCUCUUGAAAAGUCUAAACCCACCACCCUUCUUUGUGAAUGCUGCUUCUCAACCUUCUUCUUCAUAUUAAUUGAUUCUUAAACAUGACCCAAACCCACAUCCAUUAACAAAACUUUACCUCGUCUGUCUUUCUCUCUCAAGGUUUGUCAACCAAGAUUCUUUUGUAAUUAGGAUCUUGAAUUCUUGAUCAAUUCAUCUUCUUUCCAAAUUUCAAUCUUUUUCUUGUGUCAUGGGGGCCAAAGGGCAUAGCCAGAGCAGGUUCAUGUGGAUCGUAACGAUCCCAAUAAAAGUAUUGGGCAAAGCCAGGGAUCUCUACGUGAAGAGCAUGACAGGGUGCGCUGCGAGAGCCAGUUAUGGCCACUCCAUGUCGAUGCCACACGGUCAAUUGCCCAAGAGUUAUAGUAUGGGGUCAUCCAUGUCCAACGACUAUGACGAUUACAGAGAGCUUAUAAGGGCUGCAUCCGUGAGGAGCCUUGGUCAUAAAAAUGAAAUUGACAUGUUAAUGCAGCAAUCGAAACAGUUGCCCAAGAGUUGCAGUGUUGGGAUGGGAUUCAUGGGAAGGAUUGACGAGGCAGCAUCUGAAGAAGAAGGUAGUAGCCAUGGUGCAAAUAAGAAAGCAGCAAAGGCAGAGUUGUAUCCUCGAAGCAGAAGCUAUGCUGUAGCCAAAACAAGUGUUGCCUUUUGAUUGAUUUGAUGAAAAUUCGGAUAUGGGAAAAGCUGAAAUUUGUAAAGAGCCUUGCCUGCCACCCCCUUUGGCGUCUGGUUUGGUUCUUCCUGACGCUAGAAAGCGUCUGUGUAAACAUUAUUUUAAGCGUUGUGCAGCAUUUGUUUCUUUUCCAAUUCAAA